GUAGGUGCCGGAUGUACCGGCCGCGCGGGGCGCCGCCGCUGCCGCCUCUAUAAGCGCCGCCGCAGGGGCGGGCGUGGGAGCUACUCCGCGCCCCAUCCUGUUGCGCCGUGUCGGUCCUGUCCAGUCCUGCCCUGCCGAGAGCAUGUACCAGAGCCCCGCACGCUGCUUGUGCUCGGUGCUACCCGCCCUCUGCUGCGCCCCUGCCGCCGCCUCAGCCCCGCUACUGCCGUGGCCCCGCGCUGCCCCGCCGCCCCUCGGCCUCGCCGCCCCGCGGGCACCGGCACCAGCAACACCAGCGGGGGCGGCGGGCGGCCCGCCCGCCCUGGGGGCGCCGCCCCGCGCAGUGUGUUCCAUGGGAAACAGCACCAGCCGGCUCUACAGCGCGCUCGCCAAGACACUGACCAGCAGUGCCGUGUCCCAGCACCAGAACUGCCUGGAGCAGCUGGACUUGGCACAGUUGGAUCCUAUAGACCCCAAGGAUUUGCUAGAGGAAUGUCAGAUUGUUCUGCAGAAACGGCCACCUCGAUUUCAGAGGGACUUUGUGGAGCUGAAGAAAAAUGCCACCAGUAACCACCGCCCCAUUCGGGUCAUGCAGUGGAACAUCCUUGCCCAAGCUCUUGGAGAAGGCAAAGACAACUUUGUUCAGUGCCCCAUGGAAGCUCUGAAAUGGGAAGAGAGGAAGUGCCUCAUCCUGGAGGAAAUCCUUGCGUACAAGCCUGACAUCUUGUGCCUGCAAGAAGUCGACCACUACUUUGACACCUUUGAGCCACUCCUCAGCCGACUUGGCUACCAGUGUACUUUCUUCCCAAAGCCGUGGUCCCCAUGCCUAGAUGUGGAGAAGAACAAUGGGCCGGAUGGCUGCGCCUUGUUUUUCCUCAAGGACCGCUUUGAGCUCAUCAACAGUGCUAACAUCCGGCUAACCGCCAUGAAGCUGAAGACCAACCAAGUGGCCAUAGCUCAGACGCUGAAGUGCAAUGAAACUGGAAGACUGUUCUGCAUCGCUGUCACUCACCUGAAAGCCCGUACUGGCUGGGAGAGGUUUCGGUCGGCACAAGGCUGUGAUCUCCUCCAGAACCUGAAGAGUAUUACCCAAGGUGCAAAGAUCCCUCUGAUCAUCUGCGGAGACUUCAACGCGGAGCCAACCGAGGAGGUCUACAGAGAAUUUUCCAACUCCAGCCUCAACUUAAACAGUGCAUACAAGCUGCUGAGCCCCGAUGGGCAGUCUGAGCCCCCGUACACCACCUGGAAGAUCCGGCCUUCAGGAGAGUGCCGGCACACACUGGAUUAUAUCUGGUAUUCCCAGCAUGCCUUGAAUGUGAACUCAGCCCUGGGCUUGCUGACUGAAGAGCAAAUUGGGCCCAACAGGCUGCCAUCAUUCAAUUACCCUUCUGAUCACCUGUCGCUGGUGUGUGACUUUAGUUUUAAUCAAGACCCUGACAGACUGCUGUAAUGCAUUGGAAUGCCACCUGGCGUUGCAGUGUCUUAACUCAUCACUAUUUUAUUUUAGAGAAAACUUUUGAAGCUGGAAUCUAUUGAAGGAUUAGGAAAUACUGUUGACAAAAUAUUAUUUUGGGCACUUGGAGUUAUGCUUGCUGUUCAGCGCUUGUUAAUCUGGAGCCUCCAAGGGAGGAAGAAAGGAUUCUUGCCAUAUCGGGGUUUGAAAACCAGAAGGCAAAUGAGCUUUAUCCUUUCACUAACCCCUGUGUUUAAGGAUUUAAUCCUCUAAUGAAUGUGGAGGCCUUAGUAUUUAAAUCAAACACUUGUGUUUGUAGAGCAACUUGACCUGACAGCAUGCUAAUUUUAUUUAUUUCAUGUUAAGUUUGUGCAAGUACCAAAGGGAACGAGGCUCGACUGCUCGGUGAGAUUCUCUUAAAUCUUCUUCUGUUGCAACAUACUAGUGUUAGCUCCUCAUUUUUAUGUGACUCGAGGUGACAAUUUAAUUAAAAGUGAAUGGGUAAUAGUGGAGUGUGAGGAAGGCCCCCUCCAGUAAGAGCAGGUGAGGAAACAGAGGCUAACUACUCUAUGUCAUAUAGUAAUAUCCUCACUUUUCCAAAUGAAUGUGCAUGUGUCUAUUGCACACAUAUGGCCUGUAGGUUUGUAUACACAGUGAAUGUUAUCUUUGUCUCUUAUGCUUCCUUCCAGAGGACCAGGGAGUAUUUCUUCCUCUGCUUCAAGUAUUUCUCUUUAAAACGGUUUAAAUUUGUAGUCUUGUCAAUCUUGCUGUUUCAGAAAAGGGCCAGUCUUCAUUUUGAAAGACUUUUAUUCAUCUUCAGAAUCUAAAGCUACACUGGAACCUCUUAGAAGAUAAAUUUUUAUUUAUUGAGAGAAGUUGAUGAUCCUGCAUCUGACUUGAAAUCAUGAGCAACAAUGUUCAGGAGCCUCCCUCUGUCACCAUGGGAACUCUGGCUAAGCACCUAGGCUACAGCAGAUCUGUGUUAGUAUAGUAACUCUUGUGCAUGGAGCGGUGCUCAUUGGUAUGACACAGGUAUUGCAUAUAUGGAUUGUAAACAUGCCACUAUGCCAGAAAGUGAGGUAGGGAGAGAGGAGGGAACAGAGACAACAGCUAGAGUUGGGCUGACAUUUAGAUAGCUGGGAAAGAUGAGGCAGAGCAAAUAAAGCAGUAUUUCCACGUAAUGUAAGGCCUAUGGUAACUCUUAAAUGUUCCAGGUGUUUGUUAAUAA